GAGCCCCCCCAGGUUUCGGUGGUUCUAGACAGCACCGGUCUGCUGCCUUAGUUGUUGAACGGCAGGCAGUGCCAGUCCUGAGACGCAACGAGAAGAGCCACUCUGAGGCACGUAGGGAGUCGAGAGGUUGUGUCGCGCGUAGAGCCCUCUGGGACUUGUAGUUCUGAAGAUGGAUCACGUCGCACCGUCGCCGGUGCCGCUGGGUCAGGCUGAGGUAUCUCAGGCCCUGCAGCGACUGCACAUGACCAUCUUCUCUCAGAGUGUCUCGCCCUGCGGGAAGUUUCUGGCAGCUGGCAACAAUUAUGGGCAGAUUGCCAUCUUCAGUUUGUCUGCUGCCUUGAGUUCAGAGGCCAAAGAAGAAAGCAAAAAACCCAUGGUGACCUUCCAUGCCCAUGAUGGGCCUGUCUACAGCAUGGUCUCCACAGAUCGACAUCUGCUCAGUGCUGGGGAUGGGGAAGUGAAGGGCUGGCUUUGGGCAGAGAUCCUCAAGAAGGGCUGUAAGGAACUGUGGCAUCGUCAGCCUCCAUACAGGACCAGCCUGGAAGUACCUGAAAUCAAUGCCUUGCUGCUUGUCCCCAAGGAGAAUUCACUUAUUCUAGCAGGGGGAGACUGUCAGCUGCACACCAUGGACCUGGAAACUGGGGCCUUCACACGGGCCCUCCGGGGCCACACAGAUUAUAUCCAUUGUCUGGCACUGAGGGAUCGAAGCCCUGAGGUGCUAUCCGGCGGUGAGGAUGGAGCUGUACGGCUUUGGGAUCUACGUAUAGCCAAAGAGGUUCAGACCAUCGAGGUCUAUAAGCAUGAGGAGUGCUCACGGCCCCACAAUGGGCGCUGGAUUGGAUGUUUGGCUACUGACUCAGACUGGAUGGUCUGUGGAGGGGGCCCAGCCCUCACCCUCUGGCACCUCAGAUCUUCCACGCCCACCACUGUCUUUCCCAUUCGGGCACCACAGAAGCAUGUCACCUUCUAUCAGGACCUGAUCCUGUCUGCCGGCCAGGGCUGUUGUGUCAACCACUGGCAGCUGAGUGGGGAGCUUAAGGCCCAGGUGCCUGGUUCCUCCCCAGGGCUGCUCAGCCUAAGCCUCAACCAGCAGCCAGCAGCCCCAGAGUGCAAGGUCCUGACUGCUUCAGGCAACAGCUGUCGAGUGGAUGUCUUCACCAACCUGGGCUACCGAGCUUUCUCCAUGUCCUUCUGACAUCAUGAUCCUCUGUCUUGGGAUGGGGGUCUUGGGUCUUGUACUUUAGCCCAGGCUGGCCUGGAACUCACUUUGUGGCUCAGCUAGGUCUCAAACUUCGAGCAGUUCUCCUAUCUGUGGCCAGAGUGCUGAGACUGAGAGCUGUGAGCCACUACAUUCAGCUUUUUUUUUUUUUUUUUUUUUUUUUUCUGUCAAAAUAAAGUUUUAGGCUUUUCUUGUUUGUACUUUC